AGGGGAGCGGGCGCAGUGGUGGAGAGCGUGCGGGGGUCGUCGCGCAUGGGCAGACGGUGCCCGCCCCUGGGUCACCCUGACUUCUUCCGGAGACCCUGGCUGCGCGGGCAUGCGGCCUUUGAGCCGGAAGCGGGAAGAGUGCGAGGCCCCCUGGCUGCAGCUGCGGCGGCCGCGGGGAAAGACGAGUGGAGCCGGGUUUCGGCUGCAGCCGUCUCGGCCGCCGCUUCGGGAAACUGCACUCUGGCCGUUCCGUGCAGCGAUUUGACCCAAGAGCAUCUGUUGAGGUGUCAACUAGAUUGGCGUGCGUAGGAGCGCGGACUGUGAAGUGACUUUUGCUGGAGCUGGAAUUCUGGUGGUCGUUUAUGCUCCGGGGCUGUGCUGUCUCCCCUGCGAUCAUUUUGGCCCGUGGUGAGGAUUCCAGAGCGUUCGCUGCUGUUCUUGCCAGUGACGUGUUUUCUGAAAUUCUGAACCAUGAGUCUAGCCCUUAACGAUCUGCUUAUCUGCUGUCGUCAACUGGAACACGAUAGAGCUACAGAGCGAAGGAAAGAAGUUGAGAAAUUUAAGCGCCUUAUCCGGGAUCCUGAAACUGUUCAACAUUUAGAUCGGCAUUCAGAUUCCAAACAAGGGAAAUACUUGAAUUGGGAUGCUGUUUUUAGAUUUUUACAGAAAUAUGUUCAAAAAGAAACAGAAUGUCUGAAAACCGCAAAACCAGGCGUAUCAGCCUCAGCACAAGCCACCAGGCAGAAGAAGAUGCAAGAAAUCAGUAGUCUGGUCAAAUACUUCAUCAAGUGUGCAAAUAAAAGAGCACCCAGACUGAAAUGUCAAGAACUCUUGAAUUAUAUCAUGGAAACAGUGAAAGAUUCAUUUAAUGGUAAUGUUUUUGGAGCCGACUGCAGCAACCUCUUGCUCAAGGAUAUUCUCACAGUGAGAAAAUACUGGUGUGAAAUAUCUCAGCAACAGUGGCUUGAGUUGUUCUCUGUAUACUUCAAUCUGUACCUUAAACCUGCACAAGACAUUAAUAGAGUUUUAGUGGCUAGAAUAAUUCAUGCUGUGACCAGAGGAUGCUGUUCGCAAACUGAUGGCUUAAGUUCCAAAUUAUUGGAUUUCUUUUCCAAAGCUAUUCAUCAUGCAAGACAAGAGAAGAGCUCCGCGGGUCUGAACCACAUCCUAGCAGCGUUUAUUAUCUUCCUCAAGACGUUGGCUGUUAACUUUCGAACUCGCGUGUGUCAGUUAGGAGAUGAAGUUCUUCCUACCUUGCUUUAUAUUUGGACUCAACACAGACUUAAUGAUUCCUUAAAAGAAGUGAUUAUUGAAUUAUUUCAGCUGCAAAUUUAUAUCCGUCAUCCAAAGGGAGCUAAAACCCAAGAGAAAGGUGCUUUUGAAUCAAGUAAAUGGAAAGGUAUCUUAUACAACAUAUAUGAUCUGCUAAUUAACGAGAUAAGUCAUAUAGGAAGCAGAGGGAAGUACUCUUCAGGCUCCCGUAAUGUUGCCGUCAAGGAAAACUUGAUUGAGCUGAUGGCAGACAUUUGUCACCAGGUUUUUAAUGAAGACACCGGAUCUUUGGAGAUUUCUCAGUCUUACACUAUCACACAAAGAGAACUUAAUGAUUACAGUGCAGCUUGCAAAAAGAGGAAAAUAGAAUUAGGCUGGGACGUCAUAAAAGAUCAUCUUCAGAAGUCACAGAAUGAUUUUGAUCUUGUGCCUUGGUUACAGAUUGCAACCCGAUUAAUAUCCAAAUAUCCUUCCAAUCUACCUAACUAUGAGCUGUCACCAUUACUGAUGAUACUGUCCCAGCUUCUACCUCAGCAGCGACACGGGGAGCGCACACCCUACGUGUUACGGUGCCUUGUGGAGGUUGCAUCGUGUCAAGGCAAGAAAUCAGACCUGGAAAGCUCACAGAAGGCAGAUUUAUUGAAACUCUGGACUAAAAUUUGGUCUAUUACCUUUCGCGGUAUAAGUUCUGAACGAAUACAAGCUGAAAACUUUGGCUUACUUGGAGCUAUAAUUCAAGGUGGUUUAAUUGAGGUUGAUAGAGAAUUCUGGAAGUUAUUUACUGGAUCAGCCUGCAGACCUUCAUGUCCUGCAGUAUGCUGCUUGACUUUGGCCCUGACCAUCUGCGUCGUUCCAGACUCAGCAAAGACAGGAGCGGAGCAGAGUAUGUGUGAAGUGAAUAGAAGUUUUUCUUUAAAGGAAUUGAUAAUGAAAUGGCUCUUACUCUAUCAGUUAGAGGAAGACUUUGAAGACAGUACGGAGCUGCCACCAGUUCUUCACAGUAAUUUUCCUCAUCUUGCACUGGAGAAAAUUCUUGUGAGUCUCACUAUGAAAAACUCGAAAGCUGCAAUGAAUUUUUUCCAAAGAGAGCCAGAAUGUGAACGACACCAAAAAGAUGCAGAGGAUCCUUCACUCUCAGAGAUUGAAGAACUGUUUCUUCAGACCACGUUUGACAAGAUGGAUUUCCUAAGUGUGGUGAAGGAAUGUCCUGUAGAGAAGCACCAGUCCGGUGUAGGUAUCUCUGUCCACCAGAACCUCAAGGAAUCACUGGAUCGCUAUCUUCUGGGGUUAUCAGAACAGCUUCUAAAUAACUACUCAUGUGAGUCUACAAAUGCAGAAACACUUAUCCGGUGUUCAAGUCUUAUGGUGGGUGUUCUCGGCUGCUAUUGUUACGUGGGUGUAAUAGCUGAAGAGGAAGCAUAUAAAUCAGAAUUAUUCCAGAAAGCCAAGUCUCUGAUGCAGUGUGCAGGAGAAAGUAUCACUCUGUUUAAAAAUAAGCCCCACGAAGAAUCUAGGAUUGUGUCACUGAGAAAUGUGAUGCACCUGUGUACCCGUUGCCUGUCCAACUGUCCCAGGCCCAGUCCCAGUAAGAUUGCAUCUGGAUUUUUCCUGCGAUUGUUGACAUCAAAGCUCAUGAAUGAUGUUGCAGAUAUUUGUAGAAGUUUAGCAUCAUUUACCAGAAAGCCGUUUGACUAUGGAGAAGUAGAAUCACUGGAAGAUGAUGCUGAUGCAAGUCUGAUGGAGGGAGAGGAUCAGUCAUCCAUGAACCUAUUCAGUGAAGACCCGGCCGCUAGUGUUAGCGAUGCUAACGUAUCUGGAGAGGCCCAGAGUACUAUUGGUGCCAUGAAUCCUUUAGCUGAAGAACAGCUAUCAAAGCAAGAUCUACUUUUCCUCGACAUGCUCAAGUUCUUGUGUAUGUGUGUAACUACCGCUCAGACCAACACUGUGUCGUUCAGAGCGGCUGAUAUUCGGAGGAAAUUGUUAAUGUUAAUUGAUUCUAGCAUGCUAGACCCUGCUAAAUCCCUCCAUCUACACAUGUAUCUAGUGCUUUUAAAGGAGCUUCCUGGAGAAGAACAUCCUUUGCCAAUGGAAGAGGUUGUUGAACUCCUAAAGCCACUAUCCAAUGUGUGUUCUUUGUAUCGCCGUGACCAGGAUGUUUGUAAAACAGUUUUAAACCACGUCGUUCCCAUUGUGACGAACCUGUGUCAAGGCAGUAUGGACGCUGAAAACACAAGGGACGCUCAGGGGCAGUUUCUAACAGUGAUUGGAGCGUUUUGGCACUUAGCAAAGGAGGGGAAGUGCACAUUCUCUGUAAGAAUGGCACUGGUAAAAUGCCUUAAGACUUUGCUUGAGGCUGAUCCUUAUUCAAAAUGGGCUAUUCUUAAUGCAGUGGGCAAAGAGUUUCCUGUGAACGAAGUAUUUCCACAUUUUCUUGCUGAUAAUCAUCAUCAAGUUAGCAUGUUGGCCGCAGCGUCCAUCAAUAGAUUAUUCCAGGAUAUGAAGCACGGAGGUUCUGCCACAUUAUUGAAAGCACUUCCUUUGAAACUUCAGCAAACAGCUUUUGAAAAUGCAUACUCGAAAGCUCUGGAAGGAAUGAGAGAAGUGGCCCACAGAGCUGCGAACACUGAACUUGUGGAUGAGGUGUAUAACAGAAAAUCCGUCCUGCUCAUGACAGUAGCUGUGGUUUUGUGCUGCAGCCCCGUCUGUGAGAAACAGGCUUUGUUUGCCCUGUGCAAGGCUGUGAACGAGAGUGGGUUAGAGCCUCACCUCAUUAAAAAGGUUUUAGAGAAAGUUUCUGAAACUUUUGGGUACAGACAUUUAGAAGACUUCAUGGCUUCUCAUUUGGAUUAUCUGGUUUUGGAAUGGCUGAAUCUUCAAGAUACUGAACACAGCUUAUGUUCUUUUCCUUUUAUUUUAUUAAACUACACAAAUGUUGAGGAUUUCUAUAGAUCUUGUUACAAGGUUUUGAUCCCACAUCUGGUGAUGAGAAGUCGUUUUGAUGAGGUGAAGUCCAUUGCUAAUCAGAUUCAAGAGGACUGGAAAACUCUUCUGACACACUGCUUUCCAAAGAUUCUUGUAAAUAUUCUUCCUUACUUUGCCUAUGAGGGUACAGGGAACAGUGAGAUGGCACAGCAGAGAGAGACGGCUACCAAAGUCUAUGAUGUGCUCAAGGACGAAAACUUACUAGGAAAACAGAUUGAUCACUUAUUCCUUAGUAACUUACCAGAGAUAGUUGUGGAGUUACUGAUGACGUUACAUGAACCAUCAACUUCCGGUGCGGGCCAAAGCAGCGACCCCGGGGACUUUUCAGGGGGUUUGGACCCUGCUCCUAACCCGCCUCAUUUCCCGUCCCACGUGAUCAAAGCAACGUUUGCCUAUAUCAGUAACUGCCAUAAAACCAAGCUGAAAAGCAUCUUAGAAAUUCUUUCCAAAAGCCCUGAUUCCUAUCAGAAAAUUCUUCUAGCCAUAUGUGAGCAAGCCGCUGAGACAAAUAAUGUUUAUAAAAAGCACAGGAUUCUGAAAAUAUAUCACCUAUUUGUUAGUUUAUUACUGAAAGACAUAAAAAGUUCCUUAGGAGGAGCAUGGGCCUUUGUUCUUCGAGACGUUAUUUACACUUUGAUUCAUUAUAUCAACAAAAGGCCUUCUCGUUUCAUGGAUGUGUCGUUACGAAGCUUCUCCCUGUGUUGUGACCUGUUAAGCUGUGUUUGCCACACAGCCGUCACUUACUGCAAGGAUGCUCUAGAAAAUCAUCUUCAUGUCAUUGUCGGCACACUCAUACCCCUUGUGGAUGAUCAGAUGGAGGUUCGGGAACAGGUAUUGGACUUGUUGAAGUACUUAGUGAUAGAUAACAAGGAUAAUGAAAACCUCUACAUGACAAUUAAACUCUUAGAUCCUUUUCCUGACCAUGAUGUCUUUAAGGAUUUGCGUCUUACUCAGCAGAAAAUUAAAUACAGUAAAGGACCCUUUUCACUUUUGGAGGAAAUAAACCAUUUUCUCUCCGUGAGUGUUUACGAUGCACUUCCUUUGACAAGGCUCGAAGGGCUGAAGGAUCUCCGCAGACAGCUGGCACAGCAUAAAGACGAGAUGAUGGAUCUCGUGCGAGCGUCUCAGGAAAACCCCCAAGAUGGCGUCAUGGUGAAACUAAUCGUCAACUUGUUGCAGUUAUGCAAGAUGGCGGUGAGCCACACUGGGGAAAGACAAGUUUUAGAGGCUGUUGGGAGCUGCCUGGGAGAAGUGGGUCCAGUAGAUUUCUCGACGAUAGCCAUACAGCAUAGCAGAGAUACAUCUUCUGCCAAGGCCCUCGAGUUCUUUGAAGAUAAAGAACUUCAAUGGACCUUCCUAACGCUGACCUACCUGAAUAAUACGCUGGUAGAAGAUUGUGUCAAAGUGCGAUCAGCUGCUGUUACCUGUCUGAAAAGUAUUUUAGCCACAAAGACUGGACAUACUUUCUGGGAGAUUUAUAAGAGGACGACUGAUCCCAUGCUUAUCUAUCUACAGCCUUUUAGAACCUCGAGAAAAAAGUUUUUAGAGGUACCCACACUGGACAAAGAAAGUCCUUUCGAAGGCCUGGACGAUACGAGCCUGUGGAGUCCUCAAAGUGGAAAUCAUGACAUUUGGAUAAAGAGGCUGACUUGUGCUUUUCUGGAUAGCGGAGGCACAAAGAGUGAAAUUCUUCAGUUAUUAAAGCCAAUGUGUGAAGUGAAAACUGACUUUUGUCAGACUGUGCUCCCAUACUUGAUUCAUGAUAUUUUACUCCAAGAUACAAAUGAAUCAUGGAGAAAUCUGCUGUCUACACGCAUUCAGGGAUUUUUCACUAACUGUUUCAGACACUCCUCACAAACGAGUCGAUCCACGACCCCUGCAAAUUUGGAUUCAGAACCAGUCUUGUGCCAGGUUACUGCCCACCAGAAGCUUAGAUGUGGAGGGAGACAGACACACGCACAGAAGGAAGGACGCGCUUCAGCAAGUCUGCCCGGGACUGAGGAGAGCUGUCUUUCUCUGUCAGACUCAGAGCACUCUUUCCGGGGCUGUGUGGACAAAAGAUCUCAGAGGACCAUGCUGGCCGUCGUGGACUACAUGCGGAGACAGAGGAGGCCUUCCUUAGGAACCGUUUUUGAUGAUGCUUUCUGGCUGGAGUUGAAUUAUCUGGAGGUUGCGAAGGUGGCUCAGUCUUGUGCUGCACACUUUACAGCAUUGCUCUACGCAGAAAUUUACGCAGAUAAGAAAAGCAUGGAUGACCAGGAGAAAAGAAGCGUUAUGUUUGAAGAAGCAAGCCAAAAUACAACGAUUUCUAGUUUGAGUGAAAAAAGUAAAGAAGAAACUGGAAUAAGUUUACAGGACCUGCUCUUAGAGAUCUACAGAAGUAUAGGAGAGCCGGACAGCCUGUACGGCUGCGGCGGAGGGAAAAUGCUCCAGCCCCUUACCAGGCUACGAACGUACGAGCAUGAAGCCAUGUGGGGGAAAGCCCUGAUGACAUAUGACCUGGAGACGGCAAUCUCCUCGCCCACCCGCCAGGCAGGAAUCAUCCAGGCCUUGCAGAAUUUGGGACUCUGCCAUAUCCUUUCCGUCUACCUGAAAGGACUAGAUGUGGAAAAUAAAGAGUGGUGUGCUGGGCUGCAGGAGCUGUGCUUCCAGGCUGCGUGGAGGAACAUGCAGUGGGACCGCUGUGCUUCCACCAACAAAGCAAUGGAGGGAACUAAUUACCACGAAUCCAUCUACAAUGCUCUGCAGUCUCUAAGAGAUAGAGAAUUCUCCACAUUUUAUGAAAGCCUCAAAUAUGCCAGGGUGAGAGAAGUGGAGGAGCUGUGUAGGGGCAGCCUCGAGUCCGUGUACUCGCUCUACCCCACCCUCAGCAGGCUGCAGGCCAUUGGGGAGCUCGAAAACAUCGGGGAGCUUUUCUCCAGGUCAGCCCCGGAUAGGCAGCCCUCCGAAGUGUAUGCUCAGUGGCGGAAACACUCCCAGCUUCUCAAGGACAGUGACUUUAGUUUUCAGGAGCCCAUCAUGGCUCUCCGCAGAGUCAUUUUGGAGAUCUUGAUGGAAAAGGAAAUGGAAAACUCCCAGAGAGAAUGUUUGAAGGAUAUUCUCACCAAGCACCUUGUAGAACUCUCUGUACUAGCCCGAACUUUUAAGAACACUCAGCUCCCUGAAAGAGCAAUAUUUCACAUCAAACAGUACAGCCCAGCUGGUCGUGGGGUCUCCGAGUGGCAGCUGGAGGAGGCACAAGUUUUUUGGGCGAGAAAGGAACAGAGUCUCGCCCUGAGCGUCCUCAAACAGAUGAUCAAGAAGCUGGACGCCAGUGGUGCAGAGAACGAUCCCAGCCUAAGACUUCUGUACACAGAAUGUCUGAGGGUUUGCGGCACCUGGUUGGCGGAAACUUGCUUAGAAAACCCUGCAGUCAUCAUGCAGACCUACCUGGAAAAGGCAGUGGAAGUUGCCAGAAAUGAUGAUGGAGAAAGCAGUGAUGAGCUUAGAAAUGGAAAAAUGAAGGCAUUUCUCUCAUUAGCACGGUUCUCAGAUACUCAGUACCAGAGAAUUGAAAACUACAUGAAAUCAUCAGAAUUUGAGAAUAAGCAAGCUCUCCUGAAAAGGGCCAAAGAGGAAGUGGGCCUUCUUAGGGAACAUAAAAUUCAGACCACCAGAUACACAAUAAAGGUGCAGCGAGAGCUGGAGUUGGAUGAAUGUGCGCUCCGUGCCCUGAAAGAGGACCGGAAGCGCUUCUUAUGUAAAGCAGUUGAAAACUACAUCAGUUGCUUAUUGAGCGGAGAAGGACAUGAUAUGUGGAUAUUCCGUCUUUGUUCUCUCUGGCUCGAAAAUUCUGGAGUUGCUGAGGUCAAUGGCAUGAUGAAGAGCAAGGGAAUGGAGAUUCCGUCGUACAAAUUCCUGCCUCUUAUGUACCAGCUGGCUGCUAGAAUGGGGACCAAAAUGAUGGGGGGCCUAGGAUUCCACGAAGUCCUCAAUAAUCUUAUCUCUAGAAUCGCUAUGGACCACCCCCAUCAUACCUUGUUCAUUAUACUGGCCUUAGCGAAUGCAAACAAAGAUGAAUUUUUGACGAAACCAGAGGCGGCAAGGAGGAGUAGAAUGAGUAAACACGCACCUAAACAAAGCUCUCAGCUUGAUGAGGAUCGAACCGAGGCUGCAAACAGAAUAAUAUGUACUAUCAGAAGUAGGAGACCUCAGAUGGUCAGAAGCGUCGAGGCACUUUGUGAUGCUUACAUCAUAUUAGCAAACUUAGAUGCCACUCAGUGGAGGACGCAGAGAAAAGGCAUAAAUAUCCCAGCAGACCAGCCAAUUACCAAACUGAAGAAUUUAGAAGACGUUGUUGUCCCAACUAUGGAAAUUAAGGUGGACCCUACAGGAGAAUAUGGAAAUCUGGUGACGAUACAAUCAUUUAAAGCAGAAUUUCGUUUAGCAGGAGGUUUAAAUUUACCUAAAAUAAUCGAUUGUUUGGGCUCUGAUGGAAAGGAAAGGAGACAGCUUGUCAAGGGCCGCGAUGACCUGAGACAAGAUGCCGUCAUGCAGCAGGUCUUCCAGAUGUGUAACACGUUGCUGCAGAGAAACACCGAGACCAGGAAGAGGAAAUUGACCAUCUGCACGUACAAGGUGGUUCCGCUUUCUCAGCGGAGUGGCGUUCUCGAGUGGUGCACAGGAACCAUCCCGAUCGGUGAAUUUCUUGUUAACAACGAGAAUGGCGCUCAUAAGAGAUACAGGCCGAGGGAUUUCAGCGCCCUUCAGUGCCAAAAGAAAAUCAUGGAUGUACAAAAGAAGUCUUUUGAAGAGAAAUACAAAACCUUCAUGGAUAUCUGCCAAAAUUUUCAACCAGUUUUCCGUUACUUCUGCAUGGAGAAAUUCUUGGACCCAGCUGUUUGGUUCGAGAAACGACUGGCUUAUACUCGCAGCGUGGCUACUUCUUCUAUCGUCGGGUACAUACUUGGACUUGGUGAUAGACACGUACAGAACAUCUUGAUAAACGAGCAGUCCGCAGAGCUCGUACACAUAGAUUUAGGAGUCGCUUUUGAACAGGGUAAAAUCCUCCCUACUCCCGAGACGGUUCCUUUCAGACUCACCAGGGAUAUUGUGGAUGGGAUGGGCAUUACUGGUGUCGAAGGGGUCUUCAGAAGAUGCUGUGAGAAAACCAUGGAGGUUAUGAGAAGCUCUCAGGAAACCCUGUUAACCAUCGUGGAGGUCCUCCUGUACGACCCCCUCUUUGACUGGACCAUGAAUCCUUUGAAAGCUCUGUACCUACAGCAGAGGCCGGAGGACGACACGGAGCUCCACGCCACCCCCAGCGCGGACGACCAGGAGUGCAGACGCGGUCUCGGGGACAUCGACCAGAGUUUGAACAAAGUGGCCGAACGCGUCCUGAUGCGGCUCCAGGAGAAACUGAAAGGGGUGGAGGAAGGAACGGUGCUCAGCGUCGGGGGGCAGGUGAACCUGCUCAUACAGCAGGCCAUGGACCCCAAGAACCUCAGCCGGCUCUUCCCGGGAUGGAAGGCGUGGGUGUGAGGCUCGCGCCACGCCCGCAGUUGCCGUGCAACUCCGUGAACUGUUCACUGUGGUUUUUAAAAUGUGUAACACGUGCCUCGGUCCCCUGAAGAUGCCUCGACAGGCUCCUCUCACGUUUUAGAAGUGUCGCUCAUGCUCUACUUCUGCACCGAACUUGUAUUUUUUCUUCUCAAGUACAUACUAGUAUUGUUCGCACUAGAAUCACUGACUCCCACUUCAGCUCAAGGGCAGGAACUAACAGUGAAUUAGAGGAAAUAAACUGCUAGGUUUGAGGUAGCUUAAUUAAAACUUGUUUCCCAGGUAUUGUGUAUGAAUGAUAAAUUAGUUGAUAUUAAUUUAUAAAAAGAAAAACUUCAAAAUUGUGACCAUUUACAUAUCAUGGUAAAGUUACAUUAAAAAUAGGUAAUGUUGAGGGGCACCUGGGUGGCUCAGUUGGUUAAGCGUUGACUU